AUGAGCUCAUUAUUUAGUGUACUGUUAAUGCUGGUGACUAUUAUUAAUGAAAAACAAAAUAAUCACCAAAAUGUUGAAAAUAUUAAUAUUGACAAUAUAUACGGCCGAAAGUUUGACUACAUUGUAGUGGGUUCGGGAUCUGCCGGUGCUAUAGUUGCCUAUCGUUUGGCCGAUGAAACCGGUGCUACAGUAUUGCUGUUGGAAGCGGGCGGACCACAAACAAUAUACAAUGAUGUUCCCGCAUUUAGAGGUGUAGUGGAAAGUGGUGUCCAAAACUGGAACUAUCCGACCAAUGGGAGCAUACAUUUGGAUGCGGGACGAGUAUUUGGCGGCUCGUCGGCCAUCAACACAAUGAACUACUAUCGCGAGUCACCCGACUAUUAUCGUCUAUGGGCUGACAUUACUGGCCUACAAGAGUGGACUUUUGACAAAGUGUUGCCCUAUUUUCUCAAAUCGGAAAACAAUUUGGACGCAAAACUGGUGGCCAAAUAUCCACAAUAUCAUCGCACAGGUGGUAGAGUAUCGGUGAGCACUAUUCAACCAAUUGAAUUGUUGCAAAAAGUUUUGAUUAGCGCCCAAAAGUUUGGCCUCAAGUCAACAUUAGGUGAUCCGAGACAAUCUAUGGGUACAACUGUUUUCCAGAAAACUACUGAUGCAAAUGGAAAUAGGGUGUCAACGGGAACAGCAUUUUUGGAAAAUAAUAAAUUGAAAAAUUUGAAAAUUUUAGGCAACUCUUUGGUAACAAAAAUUUUAAUCAAUAAGCAAAAACAGGCCAUUGGUGUUGAGUUUUAUCGUUCAGAUAGAAAAUAUCGUGUGUUUGCCAAUAAAGAAAUUAUUUUAAGCGCUGGCUCUUUAGGUACUUCCAAACUGUUGAUGUUGUCGGGUGUGGGACCCAGAGAUCAUUUGCAACAGUUAGGCAUACCUGUGAUCGCCGAUCUAAAUGUUGGUCGCAAUUUUCUAUCACCACUGGCAACUAUGAUGACUUUCGAUAUCAUCAAUCAAUCAAUGGUUGAACAACAAACUGAUUCGCUGGACAAUAUAAUAGACUUUUUUAUCAACCAUACCGGUCCGCUAACCUAUAGUGCCUUAUCGGCUCUGAUAUGUUUUCCUGAACUGGCCUACAAUCAGACAUAUCCUGAACUGAGCAAUGGUUGUCUGAUGACACGUACUGGCCAACAAGGCAAUCGUACUAUACUAUACUUUCUAACAAUAUUGAGGCGCCCGAAAGCAACUGGACGUAUAGAACUGGUAUCCAGUGAUCCAUUUACCGAACCCAUUGUAAACAUGUGUUUAGUAUGUCAGAACAGUGAUGUCGAUAACUUAGUGAAGAUAAUUAAACUGGCCAUACCUAUAUUUACCAGUCCAUAUAUGAAACAGUAUAUAAGAAUCAAUUCACCGAUUGCUGGCUGUACUCCCUGUGCGGACAACUAUUUUUGUGAUGACUAUUUGAGAUGUCUUGUACUAAAUCGUCACAACAUACCCGGGCCAAUGGGUGGCUGUCGGUUAGGUGUAUCGUCAGAGUCGGGCGCUGUUGUUGACAAAAACUUCCGAGUGUUUGGUAUAAAUCGGCUGCGAGUGAUUGACUCGAGUCUGAUACCAGUGCCCGUUGAACAGGGAAAUGCCAUAUCAAUGAUGAUCGGCGAAUACGGUGCCCAUACUGUCAUUAAUAGCUAA